CACCGCGGCUGUCAGUCACUCAGUCACGCCCCUCUCCGCCGCCGUUGGCUUCCUGUGUGAGCCGUUGGACUCGGUCUGUCUGCAGCGAGUCUCCGGUAUGGACAGCCGCUUCACUGCUUUCAACUUUUCAACCGGAUGUUUUUUUAUUUUGUUUUUUAUUAUUUUUUAAAAGAAACACGGUUGACACGGUUUAUAUAUAAUCCGGAAGAUGGAUUUCUGAGCGGGAAUAAACCGAAAGAAAACUUAAGUCGACCGUUUGAAUUUGAAUUUUUUUUCUCGAGUUUGUUUGAAGAAGAGGGAAAAAUGCCAGUUGCAACUCUUCUGCCUUUCACCGCGACCCCGAGUAGGAAGUCUGCCAGCCCGACGUCUUUCAGGUUGACGGAGAAAUUCAUCUUGUUGUUAGUGUUCAGCGCUUUUAUAACGCUUUGCUUUGGGGCCAUUUUCUUCUUACCGGACUCGUCCAAGCUGCUCAGCGGAGUUUUCUUUCAUUCCUCCGCGGUGGAGACCAACACCCGCACCGGUCCGGACAGCAGCGACUCCGGCUCGGCUGGAAACGACGAGCGGGUCCUGGCUAAAAUCAGGAAAGACCACGAGAAAGCUCUGCUGGAGGCCAAGGAUACUCUACAGAAACGACCGGACGAGAUAAAACAAGACAUUAUAAACGAGAAGGAGAAAGUUGUAAAGGAGAGUAUGGGUCAGGAGGGCAAUAAUUUACCUUUCGUUGAGUACCACCGCCCGCCGGGAGCGACGGGACACGAACCCCUGGACUCCGAGACCAGGGAGAGACGAGCUGUGGUGAAGAAGAUGAUGAAACAUGCGUGGGACAGCUACAGCUGGGCCUGGGGUUCCAAUGAGCUUAGGCUCUCCAAGCAAGGCCACUCCAGCAAUCUAUUUGGCAGCAUAAAGGGAGCGACAAUCGUGGACGCUCUGGAUACUCUCUAUAUCAUGGAAAUGUUUGAAGAGUUCGAUGCUGCUACUGACUGGGUGGAGAAGAACCUUGACUUCAAUGUGAAUGCGGAGGUGUCCGUGUUCGAGGUGAACAUCCGGUUUGUCGGAGGUCUGCUGUCCGCGUACUACCUGUCUGGGAAAGAGGUAUUCCGUAGAAAGGCUGUGGAGCUGGGUGAAAAGCUGCUGCCAGCCUUCAAAACACCCACCGGCAUCCCCUGGGCCCUGCUUAACCUCAAGAGCGGCAUCGGUAGAAACUGGCCGUGGGCUUCAGGCGGCAGCAGCAUCCUGGCAGAGUACGGCACCCUGCAUAUAGAGUUCAUGCACCUCAGCAAACUCUCAGGGAAUCCUGAGUUUGCGCAGAAGGUAAUGAACAUCCGGAAAGUACUAAAUCGCCUGGACAAACCCCAGGGGCUCUACCCAAACUACCUGAACCCCAACAGCGGCCAGUGGGGUCAACAUCACGUGUCUGUGGGUGGUUUAGGUGAUAGUUUCUAUGAGUACCUGCUGAAGGCCUGGCUGAUGAGUGACAAGACUGAUGAGGAAGGCAAGAAGAUGUACUACGAUGCCCUGCAGGCGAUAGAAACCAACCUGAUGAGGAAGUCGAGCGGCGGGCUCACCUACAUAGCGGAGUGGAAGGGCGGCCUUCUGGAGCACAAGAUGGGUCACCUGACCUGUUUCGCAGGCGGCAUGAUCGCUCUAGGAGCCGACGGGGCGCCCAGCGACAAGACGGGCCACCAGAUGGAGAUGGCCGCCGAGAUCGCCCGGACCUGUCACGAGUCUUACGCCCGAACCGCUUUGAAGCUCGGCCCCGAGGCGUUUCGUUUCGACGGCGGGGUCGAGGCCAUCGCCACUCGCCAAAAUGAGAAAUACUUCAUCCUCCGCCCGGAGGUCAUAGAGACCUACAUGUACAUGUGGAGGUUCACCCAUGACCCCAAAUACAGGGAGUGGGGAUGGGAGGCUGUUCAGGCCUUGGAGCAGCACUGCAAAGUGGAAGCAGGCUACAGCGGCGUCAGAGACGUCUACGCUUCGACUCCCAACCACGACGACGUACAGCAGAGCUUCUACUUGGCCGAGACACUCAAGUAUCUCUACCUGCUCUUCUCCGACGACGACCACCUACCAUUCGACCACUGGGUCUUUAACACCGAGGCUCACCCGCUGCCGGUUAUCAAGAAGGACAAAACAGACAGACCCAACGAAGUGGAGUAAUGGACCAAUCCCAGAAAACAAGAAAAAAAAAACAAGUGCGAGAACCUCUGAUCCUGUAAACCUGAGCCUCCAGCUGUCUGUCUGAAAAACAGUUUAGCCAUUUGGAGUCCCCCAAUGGUUACAGAUGCCUCUUGAUCGGAUUUCACUUUUUAUUUUUAAAUGGGAUCAAAAUACUGUCGAGUUCAGAGCCUGACGGCGCCGAACUCUUGCUGUAGAAUCCAGUUUUUUGUUUUUGUUUCGUUCAGCUCCGGUCGAGUCCUGAACCAACAUAUUUACUGCCGGAUAACGUGACAUCGGCAGAGACGAGAUUAUUAAAAACUCUCUGAAGAUGUCAUCGCAUUCAGUGGCAGUUUAUUUCACCACCAGGUUUGUUUUUUUUGUUACUCAUUCAGAGGGACAGUCGGACCAGUUAUUCGUCAGUGAUUUCGUUGUUCGUAGCUACAGCUCUGUCUGUUUUCGUGAAGAAGAACACUUGACAGACCCCGAACACCAGUCGUCUCCCUUAAAUGUGGAUAUUUUGGACCUGAGCUUUUUUUUUUGGGCGGGGUGGAGAGGGGGCAUCAAACCCAGAAACAAACUCUCGUUUGAGGAUUACAAGGCUGACUUACUUCGAUCACUUCCCACGCGUUUUCCUUCUGCUGUACCGCUUCAGUAUGUGAAAAGUAACACUUCGCGCCAACACUGGUGCCACCACCGGCAACCAACUUCCGCAUCGUCUUUGGACAUUGUCUCUGUGGGGGUUGAAGGAAAGACGCAGCACACCCCCAGGUCUUUUUUUAAACCUUUAAACCUCUGCUACCACCACCACCCCGUUACCUGAACACCGGACUGCUUCCUCCUCCCUCUGAGUUUGGUGUGACAAAGGACGAACAGCCACACCAGCUCUCUACCUGCCAGUAAUUUCACAUUCUCCCCACAACGUUUACACAAAGCUGUCCCUCUUCUUCUUCUGCUUAUCAGUUCAUCCGUAUCUUUCUUGGCUUCUUUAUUUCUGGGGUUCGACCGAUAAAGGUUUUGAGGUUUCCUCAUUUGUAAUUUCAUCCAUCCAUGAAUUAUCAGUGAUCACAUAGUUUUAAAAGUAAAUGAUACCAUCGUCUGCAUAAAGGAAGAGUCUGACCUCAAGGUCCACUUUGGCAGAACUAUCGACCACGUCUGAUAGUCUUACUCAGCUGUGAUGGAGCAUGGAGAUGAGUAAGUAAAUAAGUGGAUCUUGAGUGUUUUCUAUUUAUUGACUUGUUUUCUGGCAAACCAAAUAUUUCAAGUCAAGGAUAAAUGUCGACACUCAAUAUUGUUGUUGGUUUAAGGUCUUUGAAAUGAAGAAAUUUAAUCUUAUUUCCUUCUUUCACCUUCUCCAAGUGUUAAUAUCCUUAAAUUUAGACCUUUUAAAUCCACUGAAGAGGAAACCGACUGAUCAGAUUUCACAUGCAAACCUUUGUAUCCGUCGAACCCUCAUUUUCAAAUCGCUUCUUCUCGUCUCAGUCCUCCAGUUCUCAGCUUAGAGUCGGCUGUAGGAUCUUCUCUCCUCUAUGAGGAGACGCAGACACUCGUCUUUGCUGUAGUAUUUCACCUUUCGCACACACACAAACACAGAAAACACAAAAAAGCCAUACUGACCCUAUACAGCUUUACCAUUGUGUCAUCGAGACAUUAGUUCAUCCUCCACACAUCGGGGUGGGGAGGGUCUUUGGGGGGGUGUGACUGUAUUUGACACAAACUGUUGUACAUUUCGUUCAGCGAGAGCUCGACUCAUUUUAGUUGGAUUUUAUGGUUAAGAUUUCUCCUGAUGCCACACAGAACUGUAGCCAGAUAAUAAUAAUAAAAAAAAAAUCCAGUUUAGUCUUCGAUCUAGUGCCUUCACUGUUGAAAAGGAGUCGGAGGGAAAAGCAGCUCACGCAAACACACAAAGAAGAGGGUAGAGUUUCAAAUAGUCUUAGAGCUUUAAGUGAAGUUCCCAUGUCAGGAGGAUUAUACCAAAAUUAGACUUUUAAUUCAAUAUUGAGUCUGUGAAAACACUCAUCUGAGGAAAAAUAAUACAUCUUACAUGCUCAAUAUAUUCUCAGCCAGCAGCCAAGUCCCAGUUGUGUCCUUGACUACACUGACACCUAGUGGCCAGAUCUUCCAGUUACACCACAACAUGUGGGGUUAAAUGGCUGGAGUCUGAAAAGUCAAGAACAUUAUGUAACCGUCACUUCUUCUCACUAAUUAUUAACAUCUUACUCCAAAAUGUCGACCAAAGCUUUGUUUGAAUUGAAAAUCCCGUAAUUACAAGCACAUGAAAGGAGGAUAAAUUCUUUAACGUACAAAAAUCACCAAACUUGGAUCUUCUUGGACCUCAGACGGAAACUUUAGUCACUUUAGUUUAUUGAAAGACUUAAUUGGCUUUGCCUGUUUGAAUAUUGCCCAUGUUCAGCUCCACAAAUGAGCUUUAAACAGACUCAAGUGUCACGGCGAAGAUCUGGCAGAUGGUCCGUCAUUAGAAAGUUCAGUCAACAACAACAUCUGAAGUAGUUUGUUGAAGUCAGUUCAUUUCUUUUGGAAGGCGGCUGAGCUGAGUGACAGUUUAAACCUCAACAUUUAGUUUCACAAACCCCCGAUACAACCGUCAUGUUUGGGUAUUAUCUUAAAUGCUCUCAUCUCGUCUUUUUUUUUUUCUGUUUUCUUCCACAUUUUAUGUCCCCGUAUUUGCUAAAUUUGUUUUCUGCUGCAAAUCGCUGCUGAUCAGGUCCUCUUUGCAACAAGAAGAGCUCCUAAAACUCACAAAUUUAUAUAGAAAGUGAAGAAAAAACCCAGAGAACUAGAAACUAGUAGCUGACUUUCAUUCACAUCCCCUAUUAACAUGUUUAAAAAACCAUCCCACAUGAUGUUUCUUUUAUUUAAUCUUCACCUGAUUCAAAAUCAACGCUGCUAAAGUUCCCUGAUUGUCCAAUAAAUAAACGAGUCUUACUCUUAUAACGACAGACGUACGAGUCAGUAGAAACAAAGUGUUGAGUUUCUGAGCUGUGAGAAAUCCCUCCAUGUUCUUUCUAUCACUGUACAGACGACAGUGUCCUCGUGUUUUGAAUCUGUGUUUUUGUUUAGUUAGUUGGUUCAGAGGCAUUUAUUAUCCAUGUGAAGUUGUUUUGUAAUUUUGCUGAUUGUGUUAAUUUAUUCUGUAGUACUGAACAUAGGACUUGGAGGGUUUGUGAGCUGACGCCCAGGUGGCGCUUGUAGGGUUUUAAAAGGUUCGUGAUCAGACCCUAAAACAUGAGGGUUCACGACUCUUUUUGUGGGCAUAUUUAUCUACCAAAAAAAAACAAAAAAAACAAAGAGACAUCCUGAACCGAUGUCUGUAAAGAAUUUAACAUCAACGAUGAGCUGUUAAGCUCCCGGAAUGGUUCGAUAUCACCAAUAAAUUAAAGCGAUGGCAGAAAAAUGUGGUUUAACGGCAGAAAGAGGGCAAAGAAAACCACCUGGGAGUCGAUCAAACAACCUUCCGGGUGGAAAGGAAUUGUAUGAAUGUACCAUCCAAUGUGAAGUGAAGUUUAUUUUAUAUGCAUUUUUGUUUUCUUGUGUUCUUUUUUGUUUUGUUUUUCUUGGAAAGCACAAAAAGUUGAAGCAGGCAGAGAAAAACCUGAGCCUGUUACUUUUUCUGACGGGACGACGGCGACGGCGACGCGCCGUCAAUGUAGGAAAUGAUCCAAAUCUGCCACAUGAGGCGUAUCGACACACGGCAGACGCACAUUUUUCUCAUUGUCAUUUAUUCUCGAGAGUUUCUGACACAGACAUAAAACACGCAGGAAUAUUCAGUAGAAAACCAGAUCUAUUUAAGCGUCAUACAGUUUAGUGUUAAAACACCAAAAGCUGCUUGAUUUGGACGUUUCAUGAUCAAACUGUAGCUCAGUGUCCAUUAUAAAGACAUGUUAAUGUUUAAAUCUUUGCCCUGUGAUUGGAUUUCAUCCUGCAAAUUAAGUACUGACUUCCCUUAAAGUUAUCAGCUCGAGUUUUAUUUGGGUAAAGCAUCAUACGAACAUUUAAUAUAAUAAGCCGUUAGUGCUGUUUCAGUGGUGAUUUAUAUUUCAGAUGAAGUUGACAGGCAGCCAAAUGAUGGGGUGGUAAUGACGGAGUCGACCACUGGAGGCGGCGUUUCUUUCCUUAGACACAAAUGGUGUGAAGAUGACGAACAGAAGUUCAUUUAAAAAUCUAUAUUUUAGACCACGUUAAGGUAUUGAAGCUGCCUGGAUUUGAUUUGAUUGAAGUCGAUUAGAUUAGAUUUGUAUUCUGUAAUGGACGGGGGUUAUAUUUGGUGUUUUGAGUAUGACGCGGUUUGGAAUAACGAUUAAGAUUUGUUGGUGUUGCAGUCUUAAAUUAUGAUUGUAUCUUGGUGAUUAUAAAUAUGUUAAAGUAACUGUGUGUACCCUCCAUUCUGGAGCCAUAGAGGCUGAGUAAUUGUAAUUAAAGGGCUGAUCCACUGCUUUUCCCCCCAGUUUUUAGACACGAGGCCCUACAUCCGAGUUACUUCCGUAGGUGCCCUUUAAUUUUUUCCCCACUCAUGUGACACAGAUCUGGUCAUUCCACUAACCGAACUGGAAGUAAAUGCAGAAUGUAUUUGGAUUUUCACGUGAGCCAUCAGUGUGACGUCUGCUUUAGCUUCACAUAGUGAGGGACCGCAGACAUCUGCUCAUUUCCACUUUUUGUUUUUGUUUUGUUUUUGUUUUUAUUUCUAAAAUGAUUGUUUUUGGUGAUUUUCUGAAUAUUGUGUUGACGAUCUGUUGCGUUCCAAUGCCUUUUUUUAUUGGUGGAUAUUAAAAAAAAUAAAAAUAAAUAAAUAAGGGGAGGGGAACGCCAGCCUUUUAAGGAAUUCAAAACAAGGUCAGCUCUUGUGAAAAUGCACCACUUUUCCCAGAAGAAACUUCUAAUUUAUAUCCAUUAUUGUCUUCGCAAGUGGUGCACGAUCACUAAAUACGGCUGAUCUGAUCCCGGAACUCAAAUAAUUUCUAAACAGGUCGGCGUUUUCCUUUUUUUUAAAAAGGUUUUAAAUGCGUGAAAACCAACCUCAGAAAUGUAUCUGUACAAAGUAUUGCUGAUAAUCAUUCCAUUGCACAUAGUUUACUUUGCAUUUAUAUGCAAUAUUUUAAUUUCUGUGGGGAAAUCUGUUUUAUUGUGUUAAUAUUAUUGAGAAAAAAAAUAAAAAAUGUAAAUAUUCCAUUCCGGCAAAUGAGCCGUUCUACAUUUAUAUAAAAAUCUUCUGAGUUUAUGGAUUCAAAUGAUAUUAAUAAGCAGCAGACUUUUUAAUAAACUAUAUUUGUUACACUUCUAUUGUGAAUAAAAAAAAUCUUUUAAUAAAUGGUGGUUUUG